GUGACAACCAAUGAAGAUUUUUCGUUUUAUCCUUUCCACUGUACGCUGGAAAUUGCUUGGCUGCGUGUCUAGUUUUAUCGGUGAAUUUUCCUGGUUUUUAUCGUGAAAACUUCAUUUCCGGGUGCAAAAAUGUAUUCCAACGAAAACUACGCUGAAGAGGGCUAUGACGACUACGGAUACGACAAUGGAAUGGUCGAGGAUGGAAUGUACGACCGGUCAUACUAUCCGAUGCACGAAGACGUUAAGAAAUUCUUGGUUUACUUCUGCAGCGUUAUUAAGGGAGGCGUCGUAUAUGAAAUCCAAAACUUGUAUGAAAACACUUUCCCGAAACUAAGCGAGCAACACUUCGAGAAAAAGGCUUGGCCAAGCGAGGAUGAAGUGGCUCAUCUGGUCGAUAAUGAUAGCUUGUUCAUGAUCCUGUAUAAGGAACUAUAUUACCGCCAUUUACAUGCAAGAAUUCAAGGUGGACCGUCGCUGGAGCAACGUUUGAGCUCGUUCUACAACUAUUGCAACUUUUUCAAUUACAUUCUUCCUUCAAAGGAACCGGUCCAGCUGGAGCUGCCUGAUAUUUGGCUGUGGGAGCUGAUUGAUGAGUUUGUCUAUCAAUUUCAAAAUUUCGCCCAAUACCGUGCCAGAUUGACCGAUAAAUCGGAGGAAGAAAUGGACAUGUUGCUAAAUAACAGCAAUAAGGUUUGGAACAUUCUGUGCAUUUUGAACGUUUUCCAUUCUUUGGUUACAAUGUCAAAGAUAAAAGAUCAACUUGAGGCCGCUGCGGCUGGCCGUGACCCGGAAGAGGUAGCUGGAGAAUUCGGACGCCAUUCGUUCUACAAAAUGUUGGGCUACUUCAGCUUGGUUGGUCUAUUACGCGUGCAUUCGCUUCUAGGCGACUAUCAUCAGGCCAUCAAGGUUUUGGAACCGAUCGAGAUUCAUAAGAAGAGUCAAUAUUCGCAUAUUCCUGCUUGUCAAAUUUCGACAUCUUACUACGUUGGAUUUGCAUACAUGAUGAUGAGACGCUAUUCGGAUGCCAUCCGCACAUUCUCGUCAAUCCUGUUGUACAUCCAACGUACCAAACAGUUGUACAGCGCUCGUUCUUACCAGAAUGACCAAAUUAACAAGCAAACUGAUCAAAUGUAUCACUUGCUUGCGAUUUGCUUAGUCCUUCACCCACAGUGCAUUGACGAAUCUAUCCAGCAAGUUCUUCGUGAGAAAAACUAUCACGACAAUAUGUACAAGAUGCAGUGUGGCGAUUUGGAUACCUUCCGUAACUUCUUUGUGUUUGCAUGUCCCAAAUUCGUGUCUCCGGUACCACCACCAUCCGAUGCUCCGGUCGAUGAUUACGUGAAAGAAGCUUUGGAACAUCAAACCAACGUCUUUAUGGAUGAAGUUCGCCAACAGCAGGAACUGCCCACGAUUCGCUCAUACUUGAAACUUUAUACCACUCUACCCUUGUUGAAGCUUGCCUCAUUUAUGGAUCAUAUUCCCCAGGACGAAAUCGGGGAACAGAAAAUCGAAAACUUGUUGACGCAUUUGUUGUGCUUCAAGCACAAAAUGAAAAACAUUGUUUGGACUAAGGGUGCCAGUGGCCUGGAAGGAAAAUUCCAGUCCGGUUCCGAGCUUGACUUUUACAUCGAUAAGGACAUGAUCCACAUCGCCGACACCAAGGUAUCGCACCGUUAUGGAGACUUUUUCAUUCGCAAGAUUUUGAAAUUUGAAGAUUUGAACCGUCGUCUGCACAACUUGAAGUAAAUAGCGUGAAAUAUUAUUGAAACAUAAGUGAAUAAGUGGACGAAUUGAGCAGAGUUGUAUGCGGGAAGUUUCCUAAACCGCAUUCAGUGUGACCAGAGGUAGUUCAGUAAUAUAUCGAUUGGAUAUUUGUAAUCAAUACUUAUAACAGAACGGAGACAACAAAUAAAAUGAUGGAUUUCCUACGGGAUAACAA